AUGGAUCCCACUUCUACGACUCAGUCACAAUGGCUGUCCCAACUAGCUGCCAUGCGUCAGGCUAUCGCCGAUCUGAAGCUCCCCAAAGAGCUGCCCCACGAUACGACUGGUUAUGGAAGCGACAUGGAUUUGGACAUUGAUGAAGACUACUCAUCACCUGGUACGGUUGAUGAUGUCUGGGAUAUUAUCAGUUCCGACGAUGAGACGACCGACGACCUCGACGAUGUGAACGAAAUUCCCUUCUCUCAGACUUUACCCUACGAUCGACUUUGGCUAGAAACAAAAUGUCAAGAGCUUGCAGCUCGCUCGAGCAUGGACGCGGCAGAGCUUAGCCAACAAAUCCUCGCCACGCUUACCGCCGCCAGCGACGACUCCGAGCUACAGAUGUCACUCGCUGAAGUUGUUGGGUUCGAGGACUUGGAUCUAGUCAUCGAACUAAUUGCGCAUCGCGGGGAGAUCUUGUCGGACGAACCACACCGGGUGGAGGCACAAACGGACGGAUUGGCAGCUGGGAGACUUCUCACCAGAGCGGAAAGAGAGGAGGCUCUCUGGCAGCGGGAUUUUGACCAUAAAAAUGCUGCGCUCAUGCCGGCACAGAGCCGAUCGGAACCCGUCUACCCACACGUUUUCAAGCAGCACACCGCUGGAAAUCUACUCGCCGCUGGUGGUAAGAAGUAUGGUUUACCGGUUGGCAGCAAACAUACCGAUGAACCCAAAUAUGAAGAGUAUGAAAUCCCCGCUGCGAAGGUCGGAACAUUGGCAAGAAACCAGAAGUUGGUGGAGAUUGCUGACCUGGAUGGUCUUUGUCGCGGUACCUUUAAGGGCUACAAAAGCCUUAAUCGAAUGCAGAGCCUUCUUUAUGACGUUGCUUACAAAACAAGCGAGAACAUGCUCAUUUGCGCGCCCACUGGUGCCGGUAAAACGGAUGCCGCGAUGCUGACUAUUCUCAACGCGGUCGGCAAAAACACGGUUCCUAAUCCACUUGAGGAACCGAAUGCGACCGAGUUCACAGUCCAAGUCGAUGACUUCAAGAUUGUUUACGUCGCUCCAAUGAAGGCACUGGCAGCGGAAGUGACGGACAAGCUGGGCAAACGACUGGCUUGGCUGGGAAUAAAAGUCCGCGAACUGACUGGAGAUAUGCAGUUGACCAAGCGGGAAAUCGUGGAAACCCAGAUCAUCGUUACAACCCCUGAGAAAUGGGAUGUUGUGACUCGGAAGAGCACGGGAGACACAGAACUCGUUCAAAAAGUACGAUUGCUUAUCAUUGAUGAGGUCCACAUGCUUCAUGAUGAGCGAGGUGCUGUGAUUGAGUCUCUAGUUGCUCGAACCCAACGACAGGUUGAGAGCACACAGUCAUUGAUUCGCAUUGUUGGUCUCUCCGCGACCCUUCCCAACUAUGUAGACGUCGCAGAUUUCUUGAAAGUUAAUAAGAUGGCUGGUCUAUUCUUCUUUGACUCGUCUUUCCGGCCGGUGCCGCUUGAGCAGCAUUUCAUCGGUGUUAAGGGCAAGCCUGGAUCCAAGCAAUCUCGAGAAAAUAUCGAUGUCGUCGCAUAUGAAAAGGUGCGCGACAUGUUGGAGAGAGGCCACCAGAUUAUGGUGUUCGUGCAUUCCCGGAAGGAUACUGUUAUGACAGCACGCAUGCUCAAGCAACUGGCCGCUGAAGAUGGGUGUGAGGAUCUGUUCAGCUGCCAUGAUCAUGAGAACUAUUCCUCUGCCUUGAGAGAUAUGAAACACGCUCGGGCGCGCGAGCUGCGAGACCUUUUUGCCAGUGGCUUUGGAGCCCACCAUGCUGGCAUGAGUCGGAGCGAUCGUAACCUCAUGGAGCGUAUGUUUGGAGAGGGUCUGAUCAAGAUUCUCUGCUGUACUGCAACUCUAGCAUGGGGUGUCAACCUUCCUGCUGCUGCAGUUGUCAUCAAGGGAACCCAGCUUUACAAUCCUCAGGAGGGUAAAUUUGUGGACCUGGGCAUUUUGGAUGUCCUCCAAAUUUUUGGUCGUGCUGGUCGUCCUCAAUUCCAGGAUACGGGCAUUGGGUUCAUCUGCACUACCCAAGACAAAUUGCAACAUUAUCUGUCCGCCGUGACUGCCCAGCAACCGAUUGAAUCUCGUUUCUCUGCUCGGUUAGUUGACAACCUCAACGCUGAGAUUUCACUCGGCACUGUUACCUCCGUUUCCGAGGCGGUACAGUGGCUUGGCUACUCAUAUUUGUUUGUGCGCAUGAAGAAAGAGCCACGCCACUAUGGUAUCGAGUAUGCCGAACUUCGUGAUGACCCGAUGCUCGUUCAAAGACGCCGAAAAUUGAUCAUUCAAGCUGCUCAGACUCUUCAAAAGAGCCAGAUGAUUAUUUUCAAUGAAAAAACCGAGGACCUCAAAGCAAAGGACGUUGGACGUAUCGCCAGUCAAUACUACGUUCUCCAGAGCAGUGUUGAGAUAUUUAACACAAUGAUGCGGCCACGUGCAGGUGAGGCAGACGUCCUCAAGAUGAUCAGUAUGAGCGGUGAAUUCGACAAUAUCCAAGCCCGAGACUCGGAGUCGAAGGAGCUACAACGGCUUCGAGAUGAGGUGGCCGUGACCGAAGUUGAAGGCGGCAAUGAUUCACCACAUGCCAAGACCAACAUCUUGCUUCAAGCCUAUAUUUCACGUGCCAAAAUCGAGGAUUUUGCCUUGGUAUCUGACACUGGAUAUGUGGCCCAGAACGCAGCGCGUAUCUGUCGAGCUCUAUUCAUGAUCGCGUUGAAUCGCCGGUGGGGAUACCAGUGCCAGGUGCUCUUGUCACUUUGCAAGUCCAUUGAAAAGCAGAUUUGGCCGUUCGACCAUCCAUUCCGACAGUUUGAACUGCCUCAGCCAAUCUUGAGGAACCUAGAUGAGAAGCUGCCAGCUUCGUCUAUCGAAUCCAUGAGAGAGAUGGAGCCAGCUGAGAUCGGUCAACUUGUCCACAAUCAUAAGAUGGGAGGGGUGUUGACUAAACUUUUAAACAACUUCCCUACUCUGAGUGUGGAGACCGAAAUCGCACCCCUCAACAGAGAUGUUCUUCGAAUUCGUCUCUCGAUCUAUCCGGAAUUUACUUGGAACGAUCGCCACCAUGGUGCCUCUGAAUCGUUCUGGGUCUGGGUUGAGAACUCAGAAACCUCGGAGAUUUACCAUCAUGAGUACUUCAUUUUGAGCCGCAGGAAGCUUUACGAUGAACAUGAGCUCAAUUUCACCAUCCCGCUAUCUGAUCCGCUUCCUAGCCAGAUUUAUAUUCGAAUCAUUUCUGAUCGAUGGCUUGGCGCAGAAACUGUCAGCCCGGUCUCCUUCCAACAUCUUAUUCGCCCUGACACCGAAAGCGUUUACACAGACCUGCAGAAUCUUCAGCCAUUGCCGAUUUCGGCUCUUAAGAACCCCUUGCUGGAAGAGCUGUACAGUCAACGCUUCCAGUUCUUCAACCCGAUGCAAACACAAAUCUUCCAUUUGCUUUACCAUACACCGGCCAACGUGCUUCUGGGAUCUCCCACCGGUAGUGGAAAGACUGUCGCUGCUGAAUUGGCGAUGUGGUGGGCUUUCCGUGAGAAGCCCGGCUCCAAGGUUGUUUACAUUGCUCCAAUGAAAGCACUUGUCCGCGAGCGUGUCCAAGACUGGCGCAAGCGUCUCACGGGGCCUAUGGGCAUGAAACUUGUCGAGCUUACUGGUGAUAAUACCCCUGACACAAGGACUAUUCGCGACGCCGAUAUCAUCAUCACCACUCCGGAAAAGUGGGACGGUAUCUCGCGUAGCUGGCAAACCAGAGACUACGUUCGAAAGGUGAGUCUCGUCAUCAUCGAUGAGAUUCACUUGUUAGGCGGUGAUCGUGGUCCCAUUUUGGAAAUCAUUGUGUCUCGAAUGAACUACAUUGCUUCUCAGUCCAAAGGAUCCGUGCGUCUCAUGGGUAUGUCCACUGCCUGCGCCAAUGCUAGUGAUCUCGGAAAUUGGCUCGGUGUGAAGGAGGGGUUGUUCAACUUCCGCCAUUCCGUUCGUCCAGUUCCUCUUGAGAUCUUUAUUGAUGGCUUCCCCGAGCAACGUGGCUUCUGUCCGUUGAUGCAGUCGAUGAACCGACCGACUUUCCUGGCGAUCAAGAAUCACUCCCCUGAGAAGCCGGUCAUUGUGUUCGUUGCAUCUCGUCGGCAGACUCGCCUGACGGCCAAAGACUUGAUCAACUACUGUGGUAUGGAAGAUAACCCUCGCCGAUUUGUCCGCAUGUCCGAGGACGAUUUAGAUUUGAAUCUUUCUCGAGUGAAGGAUGACGCUUUAAGGGAGGCUCUCAGCUUCGGAAUUGGGUUGCAUCAUGCCGGUCUGGUCGAGUCUGAUCGACAGCUUGCAGAAGAACUUUUUGCCAACAACAAGAUCCAGAUUUUGGUCGCCACUAGUACUUUGGCCUGGGGUGUCAAUCUUCCAGCCCACCUUGUUGUUGUCAAGGGCACUCAGUUUUUCGAUGCUAAGAUCGAAGGCUACCGGGAUAUGGACUUGACGGAUGUUCUCCAGAUGCUCGGUCGUGCCGGUCGUCCUCAAUUCGAUACUUCUGGAAUUGCUAGAAUCUUCACUCAGGAUUCCAAGAAGGCAUUUUACAAGCAUUUCCUUCACACCGGUUUCCCUGUUGAGUCAACAUUGCACAAGGUGCUUGACAACCACUUGGGUGCCGAAGUCUCAUCUGGAACGAUCACCACAAAGCAGGACGCGCUUGACUAUUUGACUUGGACGUUCUUCUUCCGUCGCCUCCACAAGAAUCCAUCUUACUACGGGCUCGAGAUUUCUGCAGAGGAACAAAGCACAAUGGCUGCCCAGGCAAUCGCUCAAGAUUUUAUGGUCGAUCUAGUUGACAAGUCUCUCGAUGACCUUGCAGCGUCGUCUUGUGUCGUUGUGGACUCUGCCAAUGGUGAAGUUGACUCAACUCCCUUUGGCAAGAUCAUGAGUUAUUACUACCUGUCGCAUAAGACUAUCCGGCACCUAGUGUCUCAUGCCAAACCUGAACCUACGUUCCAAGAUGUGCUCAGCUGGAUGUGUUCUGCCACUGAAUUUGAUGAGCUACCCGUUCGCCACAACGAGGAUUUGAUCAACGCGGAACUUGCUCAGAACCUGCCCUUGUCUAUCGAAGCGAUGGGUGAUCUUCCGUUGUGGGACCCCCACGUCAAGGCUUUCUUGCUGCUACAGGCAUACAUGUCGCGGAUCGAUCUACCUAUUUCGGAUUAUGUCGGAGAUCAGACGUCUGUCUUGGAUCAAGGCAUUCGUGUCCUCCAGGCAUCGAUAGACGUCAUGGCUGAGCUUGGGUUCGUUCCUGCGUGCCGAAUGCUGAUGACUCUCCUGCAAUGUAUCAAGUCAGCCCGCUGGCCUGAGGAUCAUCCGCUGUCUAUUCUACCUGGAAUCCCUGUCGAGAAGCCGCCCCACGGACUCCCAUCCAACCUGGUCGCUCUCUCGUCUCAGCCGGUGUCAUCGGUCACCGGGCUGGUGAAAAAAUUAAACCUUUCUUCGCAGUUCAGCCGUGUGGCCUCCCAGCUGCCCCAUAUUUCAAUUUCAGUUGCCGGGAUCUCAGCCAAGGGGUUAGCCGUGUCUGUUACUCGCCGCAAUGCUCCCACACACUCGGAAUAUAGAAUCCACGCUCCUCGAUUCCCGAAGCCGCAGACCGAAGGCUACUUCUUGAUUGUUUGCAGUGCCCGACCUGAUGGUACUGACGGAGAUCUUCUUGGCUUGAAGCGGGUUUCCUGGCCUCCUGCAUCCAAACUCAACCACGGCAAGGGUCGCGCUGGCGCUGGCUCUAGUCGUGGUGGUAGCAGCAGAGAGAACGCCUCUCUCUCUGUCCGUUCCUUGGUCAAGUUCCCCCCUGCUGCUCUUGCCGAGUCAUCUUCUGCCACGACAGCCGGCACUGCUCGUGUCAAUGUUAAGCUCAUCAGUGACUCCUACAUUGGCAUGCAGUGGGUGUUGUCGAGUGUGGAAGUCGAUCUGGGGACCACUGAGACGCAGACCAUCGAACCAUCCGUGCCUGUCAAGGAUUAA